AUCAUGGCCGCUGAAGUCACCCCGCCAAGACUCAGAUGACACGUAAACAUACCAUAAGGCAACAUGGAAGGCGACGACAGAAGUAGACACGUCCAGAUGGACAGAGAGAAGGAGCUGGAGUAUGCUGUACACAAGAGGGAUGAAGUUAUACAGCAGCUGUCAGUGCAGUUACAGCAUCUUACAGCACACAAUUACAGUGAGGAAGCAGCACAACUGGCACAGCAGGUGCAGAUUCUUCAGACUCAGCUACAGCAUGCUGGCAAGGUAUUGCAGUCACAGACGGAAAAGCAAACACUAACAUCCCACGCUCUCAAGGACGCGACACAAGAAAUUGUGUCACUCCAACAGGUCAUCACAGACAAAGACAGUAUGAUGAACCAGCUGGUAGAGAGACUUGACCUGAUCUCUGAGGAGUACUCCAAGGUAAAGGAAUCACAUGAGACCACAAAGAUUCGUGAGAAACAGACCAAUGAAGUUGUUCAAAAACUCAUGAUGGAUGCAGAACUAAUGCGGAAACAGAAGUCUGAUGUUUCCAAUUCCAGAAGUAUGUCUGGUCCAUCUAGUCCGACACAUGGUGUCAGUCCGGGAAUGGUCAGUGAGAUGGAAGUUCAGGCUAAAAUGGAAGCAUUACAAAGUGAGCUGGAAGAAAGGUAUGGUCUUCACUUUGCUGAGAUGAAACAGGCAGUUGUCCAACAGUAUCAGGAAGAGAAGGUAACUCUUAGUGCAGAGAUGGUUCAGGUGAGGGCAGCAAUGGAGAAAGCGAUGAAAGAGAAUGCUGAUUAUCGUGAUCAGUUACAACGUUACAUGAACACAGAUGAUAAAAUUGUGCAACUUCAGGAGGAAUGUAACGUGUAUAAAUCUCAGUGUGACCAGUUGAAGGAACUAUUGGAACAAUAUCAGGCACAAAAUGAGGAUUACAGUCAAAGGCUUCAAGAUUAUGAAAUUGCAGCCACUAGGGUAAAGGAAUUACAAGAGGAAUGUGCUCUAUACAAGUCUCAAAAUGACGAGUUAAAGAAUAAAAUAAACAGUCAGCAGGACUCUGUGGUUGGUCUCAAAUCUGAAUUAGACAGUCUGACAUCCAAAAACAGUCGCUUGAGAGAUCAAAUGAAUUUGUUGUCAGAGGACUUAGACUCUCAAAACACGGAAAUAGAGGAAGCUUUCUUGGAAAAAAGCCAAUAUAUUGAAAAGGCUAGAAAAUUUGAAGAGGAAGUUGGUUUACUAAAAUCAGAAAAUGAGGAAUUGAAAAGCAAAGGUUCGAAGAUGGAGGAUCUGAUUUCCUCAUUAAAGGAAGCCCUGAAUCAGUCUGAAACAUCUCCACAGAGGCUGCAGUCUACUUUACUGGGUCCUAGAGAGUUGGGGGCAGGCAUGGAAGUUGAUGAUGUGACAUUAGGUGAAUCAACUGACGAAACAGACAAUAUGAGACUCGUAGAAGAACCAAGUCCUCCUAUAGACAAUGUACCUCUUGUGCAGCAAUCUCCACUGGUAGUCACGCUUGGGGAAACUGGCACCACUGAAUCUUGUGUUCAAAAUUAUGGACAAUCUGCCAUGUGUGUUCAGGAGGAAGUUACAAUAGAAAAUGCUACACUUGCCGAAAAAGAUCUUGCAUGUGAUGAGAAUUCUCUAUUGGACACAACGUCACCUGGAACUUCAUGUGUUUCUUUGGAGCAAAACUUGUCAAAAGAUACAUCAAACGAUAGUGAAGCCACACUGACAAAUGAUAGCAGCAGUGCGGUAGUGAAUGAGUCAUCGCAACAAGAUUCAGUAAUUACACAGAAUCAACAAUAUGUUUCUCAGAUUGAGGCCUUGAAGGCAGACUUGGCAAGACUCUUGGAUGAAAGAACAUUUGCUUUGUCAGAAAUUGAAAAAUUAAGUGAUGAAAUUAUGGUGCUUAAAGAAAUUGGAAAUAAGUCUGAAGUUGAGCUGCGAGAACUUGAUCAUAUCAAGUCAGAAAAUGAGCUUUUUCAAAAGGAGAGAGAGGAGCAAAUAGAAAGCAACUUGACGCUAAUGGCGGAUGUGCAGAGUGCCAACCUUAUCAUUGAAACCCUGCAGAUUGAGUUGAAUCAGGCACUUGACAGCAAGAAAAGUCUGGAGGAGACAAGUAAAGAAAUGAAUGCAAAGUAUGAGGAUGUUUCUAUGAUAAAUCAAAGACUUGUUGCAGAAAUGGUAUCGUUGAGACAGGACCAAUCAGAAAUGGUAUCGUUGGGACAGGAUCAAUCUUCUUCGGUUCUGUCCCCGAUGGAACCUACACAAAGGACUGGUAACACAACCAGUGAUACACAGCAAUCACAUGUUACUGAAAGUGAUUCAAGUUCGUCUCCAGAGCUUGGUUCAGGGCAGUCGUCACAUACAGACUCAGAAAACUUGUCUCAGCUGCCUUCUUGUCAAUCCUCUCUAGACCAAGGUCAGCUGUCUCAGCUUGACAGUAACCACUUGCCUCAGUUUGAUCGGAGCUUUUUCUUUGGAAGGCAGGAGGAGGUUCCAUUACAGGCCCAGGAUCAGUCAGCUGACUCGAGUCAUGUUGGUAAAGUGGAUCACAGUGCUAGCAAACAGAUUGUCCAAUCAGAUGAUGGAAAUGUGACCAACAAACUUACAAAUAAGGGCGAAAAAAUGACCAUGGGAGAUAAUGAGGAGAGGCACACUGAUCUGGAACAGGAAAUUCUUCAGAUGCAGACUCAUGUUGAUGAUUUACACACAGUAAGAGCAAAUCUGCUUGAACAUAUCGAGCAUUUAAAAAAGGAAGCUAAGACUUUAGAGAAAUCUACCAGACAAGUGCCCCAGGACCCUCAAACUUCUGCAGAAACAAUGACACCUACAGAGAAUGUCACAGAAAUAUCAAAUACUGUCUUGAAUGAACUUGAGGAGAAGAACAAAACUCUACAGGAAGAGAAAGAUUUACUUUCUCGAAAAAUCAGUGCACUGGAAUGGCAGGUGACUGAGCUGAAGACAGAGAGCGAGAAAACCACAGAUAGAUUGACUUUGCCUGUGGAAGAGGUGAUGGUCCAGAAAUUCAUGGAGAUAGAAGAGGCUGUGGAUGGGGGGUCACAUGACCCUUGGACACAGCCAACUGCAGAAAGGUCACUAUCCUCCCAGGAUUCCAUUGAACAAGAGAUAAUGGUGCAAGACUCCCAGAAUUCAGUGGCCAUUAAACAGGAAGUGGCUGAGGACAAUAUUACACAAACCAGCUUCCAGAAAACAUGUGGAGCAGUGUCUUCUUCCAGAAUGUCUCCUGACUCAAUCGACCCAUUGGAUAAUGAUGAGGGUACACAUGACAUUUCUGCAGAUUCUAUUGAAGAGGAUGAGUGUACACUAGAGGGAAGACUACAAGAGAGGGUAAGGAAUUCCCAGUGCAUGCUUUCAGUUAUUCCAAGUCUGUUGGUUCCUAGUUACUCCGAUGGUGCUGGUAAAUCCCCGUGUACUAAGGUGAAUGCUUUAGAUUCUGCUUCCGAUGACAAAGGUGUCGAUUCUUUUACUACAAGUGAUGAUCCAGUUGAUUCAAAUAUUGGGUCAGUUGAUCAUGACGAGGCAAGAAUGCUAGGAGACCAUGGAGAUAAUGUAGAAAGUAGACUUAGUGAGAGUGUUCCACUGAACAACCAGGGUUGUGAUUCAGCUAGUCACAAGUUGGCUGAGCAUGAAGAUACUUCUCCUGACCAGGCAAUGCUACAGCCAGAUUAUUUAGUAUUCCAACAAAAAUAUACCGAGAGUAAGAAAGAUAAUGAGGCAAUUACUGGAGAAAACAGGUCACUCAAAGAGAGGCUUCAUGUAUUAUCUGAAAACUGUGAUAGUUUAAGGACAAAGAAUGUUGCUUUGUCUUCAGGCAAGGAGGAGGACCAACUGAAAUUAUCUUCUUUACAGAUUGAAUGUGGUGCUUUACAGGAAAAAGUACAACAAAUACAGACAGAGAACUCAGAUCUUGUUACCAAGUGUGAAGCCCAAGACAAGCUCCAGUCAGAACUGGAGAAAGAUAAUUCUUCGUUGGGAAACCAGUUAUUGGAAUUAAAAGAAAAACUAGACCACAGUGAGUUAAAAAUAUGUUCUAUGAGUGAAGUUGAGGAUGUGCUCAAAUCAGAACUGGAAACACUGAAAAGUGAAAAGGUGGACAUUUUAGCAGAUCAAAGAGAGAAAGAAGCAAAGUUAGAAAGCAUGUGUAAUACAAUUGUGAAGGACCAAGAUGAGCAUCAGGUACAUCAGUGUGCUGAUGGAUCAAAGAUUCUGUGUACAGCUGGCGAUGAAUCCGUGCUACAAAGUCAGAUUCUGCAACAACAAUUGCAAAAUUCAGAUACCAAAUACUUACAAAUAGAUCCAGAACAUGACUACAAAACACUGAAGGAGGAAAAUAGGGCUUUUUAUCGGGAAAAGGAGGACUUGCAACUCUCACUCAUUCAGCUACAAGCUCAAAAGGAAAAUUUGGAAAGACAAUUGGAACUCUCUACUUCUGAGCGCCAACAAAUGGUGACUGAUUUUGAGGCCAAAAUCAAAGUUGCUCAGGAAGAUCUUGUGCCUUCAUGUAUAAAGGAGGAAGAUUUGACAAGUUUCAAAAGUAUGUGUGAUAAACUAAAAUGUGAAAUGAAAAAUCUGAAAGAGGAGAAUACAAGUUUAAGUACAGACAAUGAAAAACUCCAAAAAGAACUUGAAUCCAAGGAAAAUGAAAGGAAAAAAUUGACCCAGUCCCUUGAGGAAAACAAAGCGAAAUUCAUUCGAAACAAAGCCAAAUUAGUUAAACUUGAGAAAACAAAUACAGGAAAAACUAAAGGGGAUAUACAGCAACUUGAGAAUUUGUUAAAGAACAAAGAGGAUGAAAAACAAGAGCUGAAGGAUAAAAUGGAGAAUGUCAUAGUAAAAAUGGUCAAUGACAACACAACACUGAAGGAGACACUAGACCUUACCAUGGACAAACUGAGGCAGGAGAAUGCAGAAUCUGAACAAAUGAAGGCCAUAGUGGAGGAAAUCAUGAAAACUAAUAGUGAAUUGUUGGAAAAAAACAAAAAUACAAACACCGACCUGGAGAGUCUGAAUGCUGAAAGGAGGUUAACGGAGAAUUAUAUCCAGAAAUUGGAAAAACAACGGGCAACAGAGAAAAACGAGUUAGAGGAACUGUCCUGUUCUCUAAAUAAGGAAAGGUGUCGUGUUUGUGAGUUGGAAACUCAGUGCCAAGAACUGAAAACGACUUUUGAAAAAGCAAAAGAGGAUUUAGGUAUGACCGAAGAAAGGUACGCAACCUCUCUUCAAUCGUACCAGGACAAAAUAAAUGCAAACAAAUGUGAUGAACAGGAAUUGAUCAAAGAAUUAGACAAGGAAAGGACUUCAGCUGGAAUGUUAGAAAAACAGUGUAAGGAUCUCAAAACUGAUCUUGACAAUGAGAAGUCACAUUCUGGAGUUUUAGAAAAACAAUGUGAGGAUCUCAAAAUUAGUCUUGACAAGGAAAGGUCCUAUUCUGGAGUUUUAGAAAAACAAUGUGAGGAUCUCAAAACUGAUCUUGACAAGGAAAGGUCACAUUCUGGAGUUUUAGAAAAACAAUGUGAGGAUCUCAAAAUUAAUCUUGACAAGGAAAGGAUGAAUGCUGAAUUGAUAGAAAAACAAUGUGAGGAUCUCAAAACUGAUCUUGACAAGGGAGGGACAAAUGCUGAAUUGUUAGAAAAACAAUGUGAGGAUCUCAAAACUGAUCUUGACAAGGAAAGGACGAAGGCUGAAUUGAUAGAAAAACAAUGUGAGGAUCUCAAAAUUAAUCUUGACAAGGAAAGGACGAAUGCUGAAUUGAUAGAAAAACAAUGUGAGGAUCUCAAAACAGAUCUUGACAAGGAAAGGACAAAUGCUGAAUUGUUAGAAAAACAAUGUGAGGAUCUCAAAACUGAUCUUGACAAGGAAAGGACAAAUGCUGAAUUGAUAGAAAAACAAUGUGAGGAUCUCAAAACUGAUCUUGACAAGGAAAGGUCACAUUCUGGAGUUUUAGAAAAACAAUGUGAGGAUCUCAAAACUGAUCUUGACAAGGAAAGGACAAAUGCUGGAAUCUCAGAAAAGCUGUGUGAGGAUUUAAAAUCUGAUCUCAACAAAGAGUGGUCAAAUUCUGAAUCAUUAGAAAAACAGUAUAAGGAUCACAAAACUGAUCUUGACAAAGAAAGGUCAAAUGCUGAAAUUUUAGAAAAACAAUGUGAGGAUCUCAAAACUGAUCUUGACAACGAAAAAUCACAUUCAGAAAUGUUAGAAAAACAGGGUGAGGAUCUCAAAAGUAAUAUUGCUUCUUUGCAUGUUCAAAUAACAGAACUGCAGAAUGGUCAUGAAAGGGUAAGAACUGAGUGUAGUGAGAGAGAAGCACAAUGUCAUCAACUCCAGGAAGCUCUAAAACUGGAAAGGACAGCAUUUGAUAAUGAGAUUUUGUCUUUAAAAUCCUUAGUUACACAAGAAAGAGACAACCAUUCUGGUAGAGAAGAAACAUUUGCACAAAGGUUUGAAAAUGUGAAUAAGGAAUUGGAAACUAUGAGAAUGAAGGACAGGAAUUAUGGAGAACUACAGGUUCAGUGUAGUCAGCUGGAGGCUAUACUUGACGCUCUCAACCAGCAAGCUGACCUUGAUAGAGAAAGUCACGAAAUGGAGAAAUCUGUCAUGAUUCACAGUAUGGAACAGGAGCGUACAGCAUUUCAAAGUGAACGUCUAGAGCUUGCAAGUAAAUGUGAAAAGCUUCAGGACUCAUUGACAAGUGUUGAACAAAACCUUAACUCACUGAAUCUAGAAUAUCAGACAAAAUUUCAUGAUCAUUGUUUGGAAAAAGAGGAGCUGGAAAAAGACAUUGAAAGUCAAAAAUCUGAAUUAGAAGCAUCUUUUAACAAGGAGAGGACUUCUCUGAAGGAGCAAUGUAAACACUUGCAACGGGAGAAAAGGAUGACUGAGGAAGGCUUCGCCGAACAGCGUGAUAUUCUCUUGUCAGAGAAACAGUCAUUGACAGACACAUGUCAUCAACUGUCUGCUGGAAAGGAACAGUUGGAGAUUGAAAACCAAGGUCUGGAAAAUAAAAAACAAUAUCUGGAAGGUGAGAUACAGAGGCAGGCAGAUGAAAUACAACGUCUGGAAUGUGACAAACAUUUUCUAUUGAAUGAAAAACAAUGUUUUGAGGAGAAAAUUAAGACACUUGACUCAGAACUUGAACAACAGAGGAACCAGGGGUAUUUGGCUCAAGAAAAGUUUGAAUCUACGAAACAAAAUUGGGAAAUGCAGAUUGAAAAUUUGAGAACAGAUCUAGAAACAGAAAUGGAGAAAUUUAAAAACGAUAAAAAGGAACUAGGUCACAAAUUUAAUCAGGAGCUAGAUAGAAUAAAAACCGAUAAAGCAACUGUGGAACAGAAGACACUUGACAUGGAAAAAUCAGAAACAGUACUGCACUCAGAACUGACACAGUUGAAGGGAAAAUAUUCUCGCCUUGAAGAAAGUGUUUUGGAAAUGCUAAUGUCACAUGGUGAUAACAGCUCCCAACACAAUAAGGACGUUAAUCAGCUGAUAAUGGAUCACACAGAAGACCUUGUACAGAUGAAAUCACAGCAUGCCAAGGAAAUCGUGUCAAUGAAUGAAAAAUGUGAAAAAUAUAUGAAAGACGGUGAAAGUCUCCUACAGGAAAGAGAUAAUCUAACUGUAAAAGUAGGCACCCUGGAAACAGAAGCCGAAAGAAAAGGAUUGAAGAUGGAGGAGGAGAUACGUUUUCUGUGUGGUCAAGUGGAGGAGUUACAGUGCAGCUCGGACGAAAGGGUCAGAAAGCAUUCAGAGGAAAAAGAGAGUCUGGAAGAGCUGUACAAGGAAUUGAAAGAUGAAAUAAAUAUAAAACAAGACGAAAUAGAGGCUCUUGGCAAAGCUUUGGAUUCAGCAAAGACUGACUAUGAAGGAUUAGAGACAGUGCAUCAGGAGGCAAAACAACACUCUCAAGUUGUCCGAGAACGGCUGGAAUCUACUAACAGACAGAACAUGGCACUGAUUGAGAAUUAUAAACAGUGCAUGAAGGAUUCGGAAACAGAGCUAGGAGUAGUUCACCAACAGGUGGAAGAUUCUGAUCAGAAAAAUAUUGAAACGGAAAAAACCAUUGAAAGUUUUCAGGAGGAAUUAACUGAUUUGACAGAGAGUAAAGACUUCUACCAGGCAGAGCUGGAGUCUGCAAAAGCAAAUCUGCUGUUAGCAGGUGAUGUCAGGCUAAGUCUAAAUACUGAAAUAGAAAGCUUGAAGAGUGAAGUGGACAAUUUGACUCGCAACAAACAUGAUCUCCUGAGUCAGGUGGAAUCACUUAAAAACAACAUGACGGAAAAUGACAACAUGAGUGAAGAUUUUCUGAGUGAUCUCAGAUCUCUCACAGCUGAACGUGGUGGAGAACAAGCCAAAAAUAAGGAACUAACGUCUGAACUGAAGCUUAGGAAUGAGCGCUGUGAGAAGCUGAUCUUAGCAAGAGAACAACUUCUACAGGAGUUAGAUGCCUCAGAGCAGCUCAGGACAAGAUUGGAAAAUGAAAAUGAAAAUUUGAAAAGAAGAAAUCAGACCUUGAUUCAGGAGUGUGCUGCAUUGAAGGAACAAGAACAGAGUUUAGAACAGGAUCCAACACAAAGAGAAAGCGGCACAGAACAACUCGCAGAGGGGCUAGAUCAACUCAGAAAUCAUUCCAAUGAAUUACAUCUAGACAAGGUCAAUGUUUUAGCUGAUCAGGAUCAAAAGAGUCAGACUCUGGAGGCAAAGAAUGAAUCAUUGGUUCAGGAGAUAGCACAACUAAAGGAGACAUUAUCACAGCUUGAACAGGAACGCGAUGAGCUGCUGAACAGCCACACAGCCAUGGCCGAGGAUCUCUCACAAAUGCAGCAUAAAUAUGAAACUGUUCAGUCACUGAUGGAGGACACGAAAAAGGUGUGUAACAAUGAGAUAGAGAAUCUUAAAGAACAGCUUGGGAACGUCAAUACUGAGAUGACGGCUGUGAAGUCUUCUCUACAGCUGCUGGAGGAUGACCUCAACCUCUCGCAUGAUCAAAAGGCAAGUCUCAUUCUGAGGCUUACGCAGGAGGAAAACAGAUUCCCUACAACAAGUCUGGAAAAUACGGACCAUUCAAAGGAUUCAUACAAGUCCCAGAAGGACAUGAGGAAUCAAAGAGUAGCUUCUGGCUCCCAAAUGAGUUCAACAGAGAUCCCAGGAUUCAUGGAGGGUCUGGAUGAGGAGCAGGAUGUUGUUUCAGAAUCAGGAUUCUUUCAAGUUGAGCCUGUUACAGAAGCAGACACUGUGACACAUUAUGAAAAAUGUAUCAAUGAUUUAAGAAAAGAACUGGAGGGUGCUAGGUCAGAGAAUCAACAGAUCCAAGAAUCGUAUCAAGAGGAGGUGACAAAGUUGUACAGGAAAAUUGAGGAUCUGGAAAAAAUGAAAGACAAUGUAAAUUUGGAAGACCAACUCUUCUGUGAGAAUGAUGCAUCUGAAAGUUCAGGGUUAUUGUCACAAGAGGCUGAUGUAGUGGGCAUUUCAUCACAACAAGUUGGAGGACCAUUACCUGAGGACAAAGAGGAUGAAAUAGAAUCAAGAGUAAAAGAAUGUAUAGCAAUACAGAUGGAAGGAAUGAAGUAUGAAAUGGAAGAGAAAGUAGCACUUCAGGUCAGGAGCAAGGAGGCAGAAAUUUCAGACAAAUAUGACAAGGAAUUCAAGAAGUAUAAGAAAGAAAUGGAGGUGUACAUGAAACACAAAAUUGAGACAAUCCGUGCAGAGAAGGAUACAGCCUUCCUCAAGGCCAUGCAGAAGGUCAACAAGGACGCUGACAAACAGGUCAAAAAAGAGCUUGAUAGACAGAGACUCAAGUUUUUGGAGGAGAGGGCUAAUGAGGCAGGUGAUGGAAAUACCAGCAAAGUGGGAAGUCAGAUCGGAGAGGUGGUCCAGAAGCUACACCAAGAAAAUCAGGACUUGGCUGAGGCACGGGAUGCCCUCCUCCAGCAGGUAGCACUGUCCCACCACAAUCAGGAACGCCUACAGGAGGAGCUACGUAUAAUGCACGGAGAUGAUGAAGACGGUAUCCAUGGCGACUUCCCUGACAACAUACCCGGAGAUAGUGUGGUGAGUGAGGGAGGAGACUACAUCCAGGAGUCGGACCUGGACCAGUCCAAGUUCUCCACACACUUGUAUGGAAGCACCUCGUUGAUGUUUGAUUGGGAACUCUCACCCCAGCUUUCCUUCGAUUACAGUCGCGACGGAAGCGAUGCUCUUGAUUUUGUUGAACAUUAUGAUUGCAGGAGACCUCGAUGUCGCCUCAUUCGACAAAAGUUUCAGGAAUUAUACGAUGCUUUACCUGGCAGUGGCUCGGGGUCGUCAGUCAUCGAGGAUCCCGAGGAGGGACAAACAGGAUUCAAACCUGACGACAUUGAAGUUAUAAACUCUGAUUCUGAAUUAAACUUGGGAUUACAAACACAAACAAAGGAAGGAAGCUUUCAUCCCGAGGAGAAUCAUGCAUCAGAGGAUCACGCUGAUUCUUUCAGGGAUACAGAGCCAUCCCACAAACAAAGUACAUCAGGGUUUGUAGCUGUGAUUGAAUCAGGGUCCAAAGUCCAUUACUCCACUACACAAUCUGGAUUUCUUCCUGAGAAUAAAAGGGACACCAUUGAAGAUGGUUUUCUUCAACAUGAUACUGAAAACCCAGUAACAGAAGUUAACAAAGUACUGACAACAGGAAACGAAGCAGGGUUUGAACCCGAGGAAGGAUUUGAGGAUGUAACUGAAAAUGAAACUAACGCUAGGCUUGUCGCAAGGAGUGAAUUUUUACCAGAGGAUGAUGUUGUUAGAAUAAAGGGUGGGGAAGAUAUGGAGGAUUUUAUUGUGGAUGAUGUUUUUGAAUCUUCAAUACAUAAGACAAUGAGCUUGGAAAGUGAGUCAGUUCCUCAGCUGUCGAAAGUCAAAUCAGACGACAAGACAUUGGAGGACUUAAACAUUGUUCCUGAAAAAGUUGCUAUUUGUGAUACCAAACCGCAUACAGAUGCGGACAGAUUUCAGCCGGAGAUUGAAUUUCGUGUUGAGUCAUCACCUUCUGUACAGCCUAUGUUGGGACAUGAGGUAAAAGAAGGGUUCACAAGGGAGGCGGAUGAAUUUGAAAGUGAGGCAGGCAACGGAUUCAAGCCGGAAAAGGAUGGCUUCUGUCUGGACCAGGAUCUUGAUGGGGACAUGCCCAUCACACCUACGAGUGAAUUGGAGAGUGAGCUUGUUAGGGAGGCAUUACGCAAUGCUGCACAAAUUGUUAGCGUAGCUCAUCCAUAUGUACAAAAGAAAGAAAAAUUUAUGUCCGCCAUUCCAGAAAAAGUCGAUUCCAGGUCAGUAAAGAUUCACAAGCGAUCAAAAUCUGCACCAUCUGUGGAUGUUUUUGUUGCGGAGUCUGAUGAGACUGGAGUAGAGAUCCAAUCAGUUGAUGGUGUGAUGAUGCUUAAAGCUGAGUCACAGGAAGGACUACAAUCUGACCUGCUAUACGGAUCAGAACCACUUCAGGGCCUGUUUCAUCAAUCCAAGCAAGGGAACACUACUCAUAACAUUCCAUUCAAUCAGGAAAGUAGAAGUCAGGCUAAAACAGCAUCACAGGAAGAAACUGAGUUAGAAAUUAUACAGAGACUGAGAAAAGACAAGAAAUAUCUUGAGGAAAAGGUUGCCAAUCUCCUGUCAGAGAAACAGUCGCUCACAGAAAAACAGAGGGAAACAAUGUUACAGUUAGAGAACGCAACGUUGUCAAGGCAACACUUUGAGCAGGAACUGAUGGGCAUCAGUGAUAACUUUGAAAGACUGCCUGUAAAAGUUAAUGAACAUUCUGCUAAAAGUACAGAAUCUCAGAAAAAGGAGUCUGAACACAAAUGUGAAGCCUUACAAAGUGAAAUUUCCAGUUUAGAAGCAACCCUGUCUGAUAAAGAAGAAAGGCUAAAGGAUCAAAGACAAAGUUUUGAAGAACAGAACAAAGCUCUUCUAAUCAAAGUCAAGAGUUUGGAAGACAGUCUGUUUUCUGAACUUACCAGUUCUUCAAAAGCUAAAACUGACUUUGAGCAAGAGAUAUUAAUGCUACGUCAAAGGAUUGGUGCAUUGAGCUCUGUCCUGGAGCAGGAUGAGGGAAAGAUAGACCUGGACAAACAGGUGGAUUCCCUGGAAUCACAAGUGAAAGAGCUUGUGUUGGACAAAAACCAACUACAGCACAGAUGUAAGGACUUGGAAGGAAUGUUGAGAGAGACUCAGAUGAUGGCUCUAAAGGAGAAAACAGAACUGGACAAGGAACUAGAGUCCAUAGAAGGUCGCACUCUAAUUCUGACAUCUGCUAAUCAGGAUCUGAAGGCUAAAUGUGUGGAAUUGUCCAAUCAGCAGGCAUAUUGGACUGAGGAGAAAAAACUGUUAAUAGAGGAGAAAUUCUUGCUGAAAAAUCAUCUGGAUGAAAUUCUGUUUGAUCAUCAAAAUCUCCAGACCACCUGUCAUGACCUUGAGGACUUAGUUCAAAGGUCAAAAGAUACUUCUGUUACCAUGGAAAGACAAUUAAAAAUAUUGGAAGACAAUUUAUGUGAAAUGACUGCGGCUAAGGAAGAACUUUAUCUGCGAUGUAUGGAGCUUAAAAAUAGACUCCAAGCUCACGAAGGGAGUUUGGAGCUGACUGAGGUAUCAGGGGCACACAAAAUGGCCAAAACAGAGAGAAGUGGGUCUAUAGGGAUUUCACAAGGGGUUCUAGAUGAGGAACAUAGUACAGACAUUUCGCCAAAGGAUUAUAAUGCUGAGGCACGGAUUGAGGAACUUGAAAAACACUUGAAGGAAAAGGAAAACUUUAUCCAUAAGCUUGAAGAUGACAUGAAACAGAUUGUGUCAUCAUCAGGAAGACAGAAGGAUUUUAUGAAGGUGAAAGCUGGGUUAGAACAGACCCUGAAAGAGAAAGACAAUUACAUUCGUAAACUGGAGGAGCAUUUCCUGAGACAGGGACCGCUCCAGAUACCAGCAAGUGGGCCGUCAAUAGUGCCACAGGAAACUGGCAGUGAGGAUGCGUCUUCUAGUGGGGACAGUGUGAUCCCCCAGGUGAUGGUAGAGAAUGUGGAGGACCACAGUCCUCAAGGGCACAGCACCUUGACAAGUGUUGGGGAUGAUUGUUCUGAACAUCCCAGUGACAUUGAAAUGCAGAUGGAGGAUCUGGUUGACCACUCAGUGGUCAGUGCGGACGACCUCUCACAGAUCAGUGUAGGUGAUAUGAGUGAACUUUCCACCACUAGCAGUGUGAUUCAUUCAGUGUCUCAAGCUCAAGACAGACAGUCUGGCAGCAAACAAACUUUGGACCAGAGACCAAAACCCAUGGCAGCUUUAUCACAUUCCAGCCCAAUUGUCUCCCCCAGAAUAGUGUCUCCUCGUGUCCCAUCUACUUCCUCUAACACUGGCAGCCUCAACAGUUCCGAGAGACUACAGGCAGGGUUUACAACAGAGGAUGAUGGCCACCUUGAAACGCAACAUUCCGAACUUGUCGAUGAGAUUGCUCGGUUUAGGAAAGACUUGAGUGAAACUAAAGCAAUUUACACAAAAGAAAACGUUUUACUGAAGGAGGCGCUUGAUAAAGAUGGUUCUUCUCGUGACGCUACUAAAAGUAAAUCAAGUGUUAGCUCCACCAGCUUUGACUCUGACUCGUCGCACGAGGUAACAAGACUACGACUAAAGGUCGGUGCUCUCGAGGAAACUAAUACAAUGCUUCAAAUUGAAAACGAACGAUGGCUACGUCGUAUACAGGACCAGGAACAGGUUGUUAUAGAACUGCGUGAGUUAUUAGGGAGGGAUGUGCCAAAUACGGACAACACAAACACUGUGUUUGGCAAACAGAUUACUCUCUUACAAAACCAGAGGGACCAUCUUUUAGAGAAGAUACAUGAAUUUGAAAUGAAAAAUCAAAGAUUAACACGUAAAUUGGGAGACAACAGUAUUCUGGAAGAAAGCUUAAGGCGAGAAAAAGACUUGCUAUAUACCAAGUUGUGUGAGAGAGAGGAUUUAGAGCGUGAAUUGUCGGAGAAAAGAUUAGCACUGGAGAAACAGCGGCACUCACAGGAGCAGUUAGAGGAGAUUUUGUAUCACAAAAACAUAACGGAGAAGGAACUGAUGCGACAGAAACGACUUCUGGAGGAAGAAUUAUCGGAGAUCGAAUCUAAGCUCCAGGAGAAAGAGGAGCUGUUGGAAAGACAGAAAAACACACUUCUUAGGGACAUCAAACGACGGGGUUCAUCUCCACCUAAAUUAUUAUCAGGAAGUUUCAGUGUGGCUCUCAAUGAUGACGGAUCUCCAGCCUCCUCUUCUUUCUAUCUGGAGGGCACCCCGGCAACAUCAACUCCAAAAACAAAAAAAUCUGAUACUAGUGCAACACCACGUGAACUUGGUCGUCUUGAACUGCAGGUUCAGGAGGCAGAACGUCAGCAUGCAAGUGCAAUUCAGAAUCUCCGACAGAGUCUCAGUGUGGACCAGGAGGGCCAUCAGACGGACACGAGGCAGCGAUACCGUGGACUUGUGGCAUCGCUCAGGACGGAACACUUACACAAGUUGGAGAGCCUGAAACAGGAAUAUGAAGCCCAGCUUGAACAUCUCCGGGAACAGUUAGCAUCAGAACGACGAAAACAUCAGGAUGAGGGAACGGAACAACACAUGCCAACAACACCUUAUAAAGAGACCACUGACCAACUGCGCCAGGCCCUGGAAAGUGACCAGCAGGAGAAGCUUGACCAUGUCAUACAGUCCAUAGAAGAUGUGCACAGGAGAGAGAUGGACACCUCUCACCAACAACAUGUGGGUGACAUUAACCUCCAAGUAAAGGCGAUGCGUCUGACCCUGGAACAGAUCUAUACCAGCCAGUUAGAACUUGUGAGGGCAGAUCUAGAAAACCAGCAUGGCCAAUCGCUCGACAAGCUACGGGAAACCCUCGCCAAGGAGCACAAGGAGGAAAUGAACCGCCUUGAAGCUGAUUGGGCGGCCCAGAUGGCAGAACUUGAGGAUGAACAUGUGGACGAACUCCAGAGGUCACUUCUUGAGGAGGCUGUUGUUGUGCAGACAAUGGAGGUUUCUCUCCCUUGUGGGUCAGAGCAGUCGAGGACAACAUACAUCCAGAAUCUUAACCAGAAGCUCAGCGAUGAACACCGCAAACUUCUCGAGAAAAUUUCGGAAGAUCUUGAAAAGGGUGCAGAGAUCAGACGGCACACUCCAAAAAAGAAACGGAAAUCUGGAGCCGUAGCCACAGAGUCUGAAGACGGGGGGGACACUGAAACAGAGAGCAUCCACUCCAUGCCUGUCACUGGGGAGGAAUACCAACAGGUGGAAGAGCGAGAAAAGGUGUUGGAUAGGGUGGAAGAUGUGCGACAGACUUUGGAGGCGCAGCGGGAGGAGAUUAUCGCACUGCGCGCAGCAAUGCUCACAGAGUAUGAACAGCUUCUGGCCCUGCGUACGGAAAGCAUGGCUUCCCACACACAGGAAGUGGAGAAGAUGCAGCAUGAUAUGGAGGACCUCCAGAAAACAUACGAGGACAAGAUAAGCGAGUUCCAGACCAAGGUCGAGUCCCAAACAGGUGAAGCUCUACGCUUAACUGUCACAGAACAGCACAACAAGGAACUAGAAAUAUUACAGUCAGUCUACGAACAAAAACUACUUUCUCUCCAGGAAUCUUUCUCAAAGGAAAGGGUACAGCACCAGCAACAGAUUGACCGUCUCAUGUCUCUUCAACAGGAAGCUUCCUCUGCACAUGCUCAACAGGAAGUUCUACCGACAUUGACCCCUAGUGAUGAAAAUGUGAUAAGUGAUAAUGUGUCUUCAAAUCUUCCAAAUGUUGUAAGUGAACUUGAAUCAAAACUAGCAGGAAAGGACGCUGCUAUUGAGAAACUAACUAGUCAGAUAGGUGAAAUGAAGGAACGAUACGAAGAGAGUGACUCGGCCCUGUCAGACAUUCAGAGGAAAUUAAGUGAUAAGUGCAAAGAAUUGGACGAAAUGAAUCAGAUUCUGAUGGGAAAAGACAAUAAAAUAGUCACCCUAGAGAAAGAAAAGUGUGAAGUUGAGGAAAAAUGUGCUAAAGACAUGAAGGAAUCAGAAACAAAAUAUUCCAAGGAGAUGGAUGAAAUGACGUCAAGGCUGAUUGAUAUACAGGUAGAACUGGACGCGUCACGGGAACAGGAACGCAUGCUGGAGGAACAGUACGAAGAGUUACAGCACCAACACCUUCAGGCACUGGAAGGCGCAACUGAGGACUUGGACCACCAGAAACAUAUAGAGGUGGGCUCACUCCAGUCAGAGUUCAAAGUUCAGCUAGAGAUUGAACUCAAGAGACAGGCAGCAGAUUUAGCAUUUGAUCACGAGGAGAAAAUUAAGGAAAUUGCCAAAAGUUAUGAGGAUAAAAUCCAGCAACUUCAUAUGGAAUUUGAUGAAAAAUUAUUAGAUGUUAGAUCACGGGCCUCUGACGCAACACCAGACGUAGAGGAUAAAGACACGGACACAGAGAAAGUGUCACUUUUGUCACAGGAAGUUCAGUCUGAUAUUGUAGAUUCUCGUGUCGACGAGGAUGCAGCAAGUUCAAAGGCAAGUACAGUUGUGGAAGUUUCGAAAGACAAAAUUGGGUCACGCAGACAGGAGUCGGACAAUUCUAUGGAAAGUGAUAGAGAGUCGGAAACAGAAACACCAAGAGGAGGUCAUAUUUCACCAGCAGGGGGAAGUGCAAUGUCAUACGAAACUGAGGACGAAUCGCUUUCUCAGGAUGUUACGCCUGGAAGCGAUGAGGCGGAAUCUGCACAGGAUACCACACAGGAUACCACACAGGAUACCACACAAGACACAGAUUCAGAAACUGUGGCUGGACUGUUUAAGGAAAUCUCCAGGGCUAAGGAGGACACGCUCUCCUUCUUGCGAGCCGAGUAUGAACAAAAGAUUUCUGCAUUGGAUGAUCGAUUACGACAGGUCACGGCUGAAAACAACGAAUAUGAAAAAGACAUGGAGGCUCUAAAAGAUCAGUUAGAGGAUUUGAUGUCAGAUAAGGCAAGUACAGAACAGAAACUAAGUGAAAUGAAAACAAAUCAUGAAAAUAAAUUAAAAGAUAUUGAAGUGUCUUCGCGGGCUAGUGUUGAUAUUGAUAAAGUACGACAGGAAUAUGCAAGGGAGUACGAUGAAAAUGUGUCCCAAAUUAGACGAGAGUUUGAAGAAAAAAUGGAUUUACUAAGACUGGAGUUACAAGAAAGUUUUGAAACUGAAAAGGAAGAUCUGGUGAAGGGGCAUCAAAUGAAACUGAACGAAAUUGAGGAGAAAUACGAAAAUUUAAUUGAAAGUGUUCGGAGUGGAGAUGCUCCUGAGGUGGCUGAUAUUGUACGGGAUAGAAUCGACACCGAACUGGAAAUGGCCAAGACUCUGAUGCAACAAGAAUUUGAUGAAACACUUGAAUCGGAACAGACUCGAAUGAUAGAACAGCAACAACAGGAAUUGGACGAUCUACAGUCUCAACAUGAGAGUGACAUUGGCGAUUGUCGCCAAACACUUCAGGCUGAGUUCGAGACUCGCCUGCAUGAAUUAGAACAGCUCCACCUGGAGGAGAUUACCAAGCUUCAAAAUGAGCUUGUCAACUCUUCUGUGGAAUCAAUAACUCAGGAGUCGGACUCCAAACAGGAAGUGUCGGACUCCAAACAGAAAGUGUCGGACUCCAAACAGGAAGUGUCAGACUCCGAACAGGAAGUGUCAGACUCCAAACAGGAAGUGUCUGAACCUGUGUCUACCGAUGUGGACGAGAACCGUGCUCAGUUUGUCAUGGAAAUCACAGAGAGUUUAAAUGAGAAGCACAAGACAGAGCUUGCAUCUCUCGAAUCUCACUAUGAUGCCAAAAUCAAGGAACUGGAAGAUAAAUAUUCGGGGGAGAUAAACCAGCUGAUAUCGCGGCUGGAUGGUCAUCUGACGAUAAACACAGGUACCAUGGAACUAGCUGGAGUUGUGUCCCCUGUACUCUCUGUACCUCGGUUGCCAUUAGACGAGCUGGAUCAGGAAGAAGGCAUGGAGAGGCAGGGCUCCUCUGGUGAUGACCAAUCAUCAGCCCCCACUCGCAGCACUCCCCGUGACCUUGACAGUGAGAGGUCAAUUGACAGAUCCGAAACCAUGGAGACGCUUGUGCCUCCUGCACAGAUCAGCCCCACCUCAGAGAUGCUGAGUGAUCGUGACCAUGACAGCCUCAAGUCAGAGGAAUUAAUGAUGCGGUUUGACAGUGAAUCGGAGGACAAUGGGAUGGAGGAGCGACCAGGUGCCAGAUUGGGUCAUGUCCCUGUAGACAAUGGUGACUUCAGUUCUGAGGAGGAAACGAUUAACUCCCCUGGUCGGCCCACAGCCCCACUAGAGGAGGAGCUUAUUAUUCCCCACCUGGCUCCAGCUCAGAGUAUGUUACCUGGACAGACCACACCUCCAGGGGACGAGUCAAAGGAGGAGCAGAUCGAGGAGAAAGAACAAGAUGAAAGUGAGGCUGAUCGUAGCGCCAGUCCUACUGAUAUUUUGUUACAGACCCAGUCAUUGGCUGGUUUUACAUUGCCUGCGUCAAUUGUUGAAUCUUCAACUGGUUCAAACUCGGUUGAUUUCCAAGAGACAUUGUUGAUGGAAGUGAAGGAAAAGGAUGAGAAAAUCAAACAGCUGGAGGCAGAGAUCCAGACUUUGAAUGGACAGCUGAAAAAACAGACGGAGGAAGAGAAUCUGAUUUUACUGCGAAGAGAAAGAGAGGCUCAAGAAGACCAGAAUCUAGAAGAACUUCUACGACAGGAUGUAUCCCGAGUGAAUAAGGAGAGGGAUAAUAUACAGCAGACCAACGAACACCUGCUCCAACUUCUCUCCGAAACGGUCAAGACGUUCAUGAGCGUCGAGGAAUCCAUAGGAAAGAAGCUGUCCAAGAUUGUCGUGGACACUGGUGACCAAUCUGGCCAUUCUGGGGUCAAGUCUCCUCGGUCAGCCGGACACAGUCCAGGGGGCCCUGUUGGAGCUGAGGGAGGAGAAUUCCACGACUGCGGUGAUGUUCCACAGGAAACCUCAAUCUUAUCUAAUGACGAGGGACUAGACCUGUCACAGCGACUGUGUGAGAGUAUUUUCCUCGACUCAGAAGGAGAAGAACUCCUCACAGAUGCCAGUCAGAGACUACAGGGGUCGGUGACACGCCUCCUCGACAUGAUCGAAGACACCACCCACCAGCUGACAGAUGCACGCCGGACCCAGCAUGACCUUGUCUCCACCCUGUCAUCGGGCCAGCAGGAAUCGCAAUCCCUGGAGUCCCGAUGUCAGGAGAUGGAGGACCGACUUAGGGAGCAGGUGGAGGCAAAGGAGUUUCUUGCCCUUGAACUACACAAAGCUGAAGGGUUAAUUGAAGGCUACAGUGCUGAGCGUGAGAUGCUGGAACUGAGGAUACAAGACUUGGAGGAACAGAAAGAGGCGCUUGUCCUUGACCUUGAGACCACACGCAACAAACUUGGGGAUUUAGAGACGGUUCAUCAUGAGGCAACAUCACUGCGGGCAGAAAUCCAACGACAGCAUGAUCUAGUCGAGGAGAACGCUGGCGAGGAGGCACAAGGUUUACGUCGUUUACGCUACCUUUUACUUCCAAUAGGGGUUGUUGUCACCAGCUUCCUACUGCGUGAUUAUUUAUAGUGUCAUGUAUUGUUUCAUGUGAUUAUAUAUAAUGCUGUGAUUACAUAAUCUAUUUAUAGCAUCAGAUUGAUUUGAAUCAUUAUUAUAUAUAUAUAUAUCUAAUUUUGAUAGAAUUUUAUUUUGUGAUGUUUUUUGUUCAUAACAACUGAUACAUAUUAAUUACUUAGCAUCUAAUUAUAGUCGUGUUUGAGUGAUGAAAUUUGACAGACUUUUGUGCUGUUUGUAUGAUAUAUAUAUAUGAAUGCAGUAGUCCCGCUUGAUUGAUUUUGAGUGCCAGAAUGCAUUCAUAGCAUGGAAUUUGGAAUUUUGAUUACAGCGGAGUAUGUCUUUAGGACUGAACAUUUCCGGGGUUGAAAUCAGGUUUUACAGAAAUUGAUCAGCAUAAUGUACUUUUUGUGUCGUAUUCAUCAGUAGGUUCAAACAUAAUGGUAAUAUGAAGUUAUAUUUAAAUUCAAAUUUCUUUAUAUUGUAUUGUCCCGAUUGCUAUUUUUCAUGCUUAUUUCUGAAAUAACUAUAACCUGUUUAAACCUGGGUUAAGCCUAGAAAUGUAAACUCCUAGAGACAGAGCUCCAGUUCCUUAUAACAUUCAAGGCCUGUUAUUUAUUUGUUAAUUUUGAACUUUGACCCACUGCCUUAUACGAUUUAUGAUGCAUCCAUUUUGAUGGUAUCAGAUUUAUUUUAAAAAUGUUUUCCUUGAAAAUUUAUAUUUAUACAAAAUGUAUGGUUGUUAUAGAUAUAUAGGGUAUUGACCUUACAUUUCCUAUGGCUAUCUAUAGCUGUGAUUAUGGAUAUGGUCAUCCACUUAAUGUUGAUUAUAUAGUCAUGACCUUUGACCUUUAUGAAGCACAGGCCUUUUCCUGUCCAGGGUUGCCUGACUAAAUUUAUCAUUAGGUAUAAACAACUAUUGUUAAUUUGUUAUAUAGUUUGAUACUUUGUCUGGGGACAAUU